UCCUCCGAGUUAGUAUGCAUGCGAUGCUUUUAGAGGUGUUUUCGCGUUGCGCCCACUACGCUGUCUUUAAAAAAAUCAGUUAUUAUUUUGUAUGAAUUCCAUUUUGCUAGUAUGUUUAAUUAACAAUGAACACCAGACAUGGUUAGCGAGUGGUGGGCGCUGAUGGUGUUGAUGUUGUCUGUAGCCUACGGACACGCGCCUUGUCAACAAUCAUACGGCGGGUGUAGAUACAACGAGCCCUUCGUUCCCGCGCCUGUCGGUCAAGUCCCCAGGUGCGUCCAGAAUUAUCACGGUGACGUCACAUUUUGUGAAACCAUCGAUAGAUAUCCAGAACAGUUAAUAAGUUACCUGGUUAAAAAAUCGGAUAAGAACUUUAAAUCUUUUUUCAACGAAGAAAAACUUGUCGACAGACCAUAUUAUCAGAAUCAGAAUAUAAAUAAUUAUCAUAAUGGUUAUGGCAAUUACCAUGAUUAUCAAAACGAUACCCAACACGAAUUUGUCGGCUAUCCGGAUAGAACAUACGUUUUACCUGAAGUGUCCUUAACAGAGUCACCGAUCAUAGAUCAAAAUCGACAUCUAACUUCCAAUGCCAAUCAUGGAGGUGUAUAUAAUAGAAGAAAAAGACAAGAUGAUGUUCAAUUAUGCCAAGUUAAAACCAACAAUAUAUUUCCUAAAGCAGCAUUAAACACUCAAGGUGAAUGGAAAUAUGUAGUUAAUAUGGUACGCAUCUCGUCUGAUAUGUAUACACAAUCCAUAAAAUCGGAAAUCUGCGCGGAACCGGAUCAGCCGUGCAACGGAAUCUGCGAUACACCUCUUGGUUUCAGUACAUCGUGUAAACAGAAAUUUGUUCAAAAACGGUUGGUAGCAUUGCAAGGGACCGGAGAUAAUUUGUACGUGGACGUUUUUUGGUUUCCACAUUGCUGCUCUUGUAACAUAGCCAGAGUUGAACAAUAGUAGUAAAAAAAAAAUACCUACCUGUAUAUUAUAUUUUUGCAACUGGCGUUUUUCUCCUAGGAAAAGACCACUCCUCCCCAAAAAAAGAAAUUUUAUGAUUUCCUUUACUGCAUUAAUAGGUACUAUUAAUAUAUAAAAUUGUAUACAUUAGUUUGUUGUGUCAAAAGCCAAUAUUUUAUUAUGAUAUGUAGGUACUAUAUAUUGCAUUAUGAAUAAUGCGAUUUAAUAGUAGUCACGGAAUAUUCAAAUGAUUAAUAUUUACUCAUAGUUAUUUCAUCCGUAAUUAAACAUGUUAUAUAUUAUUUAUGACUUGU